CAAUGCCACCCACCAGUUCCGUCCACCUGUGCCUAGCAGUUGCGCCCCAUGCACCCACCUGUGCCACCCAGCAGUGCACCCACCUGUGCCCAGCAGUGCCACCUACCUGUGCUCACUCACAUGUGCCCACCAGUGCCGCCAACCAGUGCCACCCACCAGUGCCCAUCAGUGCAGCCCAGCAGUGCUGCCAGUCAGUGCCACCAGUCAGUGCCCAUCAGUGCUACCUAUCAGUGCCGCCUAUCCGUGACACCUCAUUAGUGCUGCCUAUCAGUGUUGCCUAUCUGUGCCACCUCAUUAGUGCUGCCUAUCACUGC